GCUCUGCUGGUAGAGGAAAGCUUGGGCCUGGUCUUGAAAGAUGGGGUUGAAAAUUUGCAGAGUUCUGAGGCAGGCGUUCAGACUGAAAGAGGCUUUCCACUCUCACUGACAGCCGCUGCCAUGAUUCAUAGUCUUUUCUUGAUCAACUCCUCUGGAGAUAUUUUCCUGGAGAAACACUGGAAAAGCGUGGUCAGCCGUUCUGUUUGUGAUUACUUUUUUGAGGCGCAAGAGAGAGCCACUGAAGCUGAAAACGUGCCUCCAGUUAUCCCUACUCCUCAUCAUUAUCUCUUAAGUGUUUACCGCCACAAGAUCUUUUUUGUGGCAGUAAUCCAGACUGAGGUCCCACCUCUGUUUGUCAUUGAGUUUCUUCACCGGGUAGUGGACACAUUUCAGGAUUAUUUUGGAGUCUGCUCAGAGCCAGUGAUCAAAGACAAUGUGGUUGUGGUUUAUGAGGUACUGGAAGAGAUGCUUGACAAUGGGUUUCCAUUGGCUACCGAGUCGAACAUCCUGAAAGAACUCAUAAAGCCUCCCACUAUCCUUCGAACAGUUGUCAACACCAUCACAGGAAGCACCAAUGUGGGUGACCAACUUCCUACUGGGCAGCUGUCAGUGGUGCCUUGGCGACGGACUGGGGUGAAAUACACCAACAAUGAGGCCUAUUUUGAUGUGAUUGAAGAGAUUGAUGCCAUUAUUGAUAAAUCAGGUUCCACAAUUACUGCUGAGAUCCAGGGGGUGAUUGAUGCCUGUGUUAAGCUGACUGGAAUGCCAGACCUUACACUUUCUUUCAUGAACCCCAGGUUGUUGGAUGACGUCAGCUUCCAUCCUUGUGUUCGUUUCAAGCGCUGGGAAUCUGAGCGGAUCCUCUCCUUCAUCCCCCCUGAUGGAAACUUCCGCCUGCUCUCUUACCAUGUCAGUGCACAGAAUCUGGUUGCAAUUCCAGUGUAUGUCAAACAUAAUAUCAGUUUCCGGGAUAGUAGUUCACUUGGACGCUUUGAAAUAACAGUGGGACCCAAGCAGACCAUGGGGAAGACCAUAGAAGGAGUGAUUGUCACCAGCCAGAUGCCCAAAGGAGUCCUGAACAUGAGCCUCACUCCAUCUCAGGGGACGCACACGUUUGACCCAGUCACGAAGAUGCUGUCUUGGGAUAUAGGAAAAAUAAACCCCCAAAAGCUACCAAGUUUGAAGGGGACCAUGAGUCUUCAGGCUGGAGCUUCCAAACCAGAUGAAAACCCCACAAUUAACCUGCAGUUUAAGAUCCAGCAGCUGGCCAUUUCUGGACUCAAAGUGAAUCGUCUGGAUAUGUAUGGAGAAAAGUACAAACCCUUCAAGGGCAUAAAAUAUAUGACCAAAGCUGGAAAGUUCCAAGUUCGAACCUGAAGGGAGAGCUUGGAGAGAGAACAGUCACGAACAUUUUUCAUUCUGUACUUGUCUAAAAGUAAAAAAUACCAACCUGUCUCCUAGGUCAGUCCUCUCCUGGCCCCACCCACUUCCUUUUCUCCUUAGCCCUCAGUGCCAUGAAACUAACCAAGGGAGGAAAGGAUCACGAGGGAGGAGUGGACAGAACUGAAACCCAGUCAGCACCAGCUCAACCCCCAAGAACAAGGUGUGUGCUGUAGGGUAGGGUGCUUAUGCUGUGUGUGGCUGUUUUCAACAUGGUGGCCAAAGAAAAAGCCUGGCAUUUGCUGCUUGCUUGUCUUUAAUUACCUAAAGCUAAUGAAAGACUUUGUUGAAGGUAGAAAGAGUAGAGAAAAAGAAAGAUUGGAAGAAAAAUCAAUGGAAAGGAAGGAACAGUUAAGGAUCUGACCUGUGAGGGAGAAGAAAGAGGAAACAGUGUGAAAGAAGAGUUGUGAGGAGAUGUGUGGAAAUGAAAGAUUGGCAAGAAAAGUGAGCAGGUUGCAUUGAGAGAGUCAGGAGGAAGAGGGUUGAGUUGGUUCCUUUCUGAUCCCUCUACUCUUGUAUAUGAAAGGCAUUUGUACUUCUGGAAAUGAACUAGAGGCUUCUUAAAUUUGAGUUCACUGUUGACAUGGAACCCCCAGUAGAAUCAGAUUUUCCCUCAAAGAAAGUGAUGGUACCGGGCUGACUUUCAGGUGCUACCUGUUGCUAGUUUUUAGUAUUUAGUCUCUCAUCUUCCGGGAGAAAGUGACCAGCCUCUUGUCAUGGUUAUCUAAAAUGCUUCUUUCCCUAUCCCAAGACAAUUCUACUCACUUCACUUUACUGAAUUCACCAGACUUUUUCCUAUUUCCUGAUCCUUCCACUGGAUUUUCUAAAAAGUAGGAGAGUUUCAGAGAAGCCACUCCCAUAACCUCCAGUGCAGCCAUCUUGUAUGUCACAGUGUUGGAGUUGGAGAGUGGCAACUUACUUCCUGUGAAGGUGGACCACAGCUGUGAGCAAGUGGGUCCACACUUGGGUUUGUCAGUUCUGGAUCUUGAUCUGCCCAUUGGAAACUUUUUCAGCAGUAGCCCUAAGUUAAAAGAAAACUUACCACCAUGGGUAUGGUUGAUCCUUGAAGCUGCUUGAUGAAGUUCCAUUUCCUCACACUUUUAUUUUUGUACUCUAUCAUGUAUUUAUUAACAGUAGAUAUCUACCAGUCCAUUUUUGUUUUAAGACAAAAAAAAAAAUUCCCCUAAAUCUUUGAAUAAAAUUAAUGCUAUAGGAAGAUGGACUGUGUUGAUCAUGGAUAUAACCUACCCAGUUUAGGAAACAUGGCAUCUGAAGGAAUACCUCAGGCUUUCCUGAUGGGUAACUUUUAUUCUAGUUCAGUGUGUCUAUUACUAUUUAAAUAUUUGUAUAAGAGGUUUCUUAAGGAAUGAUUGUGCUUUGCUUCAUGCAUGGAGAAAAGGAAGACUUAUGCUCACCAAACCUUAGAACUUUUCUCUGCAGGCUUGUUUCCAAAUACUUGUGCAGAUUUCUUGCUAGUUGUAUCUUCCUAUUUCCAGUACUAAUUUUCGCUGCAGAGUAGUGUUGCUUUGUUGUUUUCUCCUGAGAUAAACUGUGCUGUACCCAAGCAGAUGUGUUUCAUACUCUGUCACUCCAGAAUUGUCCCUGGACUGCAAAGACCCAUACCCACACCUACCAUGGAAAGGGAAAUGCCUGCCUGUGGGUUCCCAAGUAACUGGUAUCACUUCUCCUGAAGGGUCUGGAGGACUUUAAGGUUCCCUAGGUCACAGGAACAACUAAUCUUGGUCUUGGAAUGUUUUUUGUUUGUUUGUUUGUUUUGUUUUGUUUAUAAGUGCAGCUGUUUUAUUUCUUCUAGAGCUCAUCCUAUUUUAGGGGAAGUAUCUUGGAAGAAAUAAAAUGUUUUUAAAUGACGGGACCUGUAGGUCUAAACAUGCAUGAAAUAACUAUCCUGUCACGUGUGCAGCCAGACCUCUGGAGUGCAAUGAAUGUCACUGCCACCACCUGCGAUGUGUAGGUUAGCUUAAGUAGUGCAGGGUGUCUCCAUCAAGGUGUUCAGGCCCAUAUGUGUUUAACAUGUGCAGAAGGAACCUCUCUGUUUAAAUUUUAAUAAAGUUGAGUUUUACCAGUC